GCCAUGCUGUCCGGACUGUUGCUGUCUUUGGCCUUCUGCGUGGCCAUCAUCGUCCUCAUCCCCUCCACAGGAAGGGACUUAGACGUGCACGCCGGAGCUCUGUCUGUUGUAUGUGUGGUUCUCUGCCUGAGUACCACCUUGCUCGUUUGCCUGCCCUGGUUGUCCACAGUGAGACGCUGUGGCGGAGCGCUGGCGCUCUUCGUUUGGGGAACACUGUAUAUCACUGCCAUAGUCUUCAUCUUCAAUGGCGGACCCGUCACCACGUGGGAACAGGUGAGAAGGCAGAAGGGUUUUCUGUAAGGAUGUAACAUUCAGGGGUUUUUUCAUCCCCGAUCCUGAUCCAAGUCAUUUCAUAAUGAGUAUCUGCUGAUAUCGAGUCCCAAUCUGAUAGUUGUAUUUUCCUAGAUAUAAUACUUGCAC